GUAAAGGGCUGACCAAGGAGGAAAAAAAAAAAGCAGAAUAGGUCCUCCUACAAUUCUACAAAUGGACCAAAUGAGUACUUUGAUUAUUGCAGUAAAUGCUUUUUUGGAAGAAGGUGUGAAGACCCACGAGAGAAGAAAGAAAUCUGAAACCAGCUGUAAUCUCUGUAAUCUCUCUAUAUAGAUAGAAAAGAAGAAGAGAAAGAUUAAUGAAAGGAAACAAACAAAAACAGUGGCUCUGACUUACUACCUGUAACAAUUUACUCUCUAUAUUACUCCAUUAUUACGAUUGCAAAGCAUUUACCAAGAAUAAUAAAGAAUCCUUUGAGCCAACAAAGUCAAUAAGGAAGGCCAAAUGCUUAAAAGCCUGCCCUUCUUUUGGCAGCCAAUACUCUCACCUCCUUUGUAAAUCCAACGACUCAAAAACAUAAACCAGCUUAAGAGGAAAAAAAGGGGCCAAAGAAGAAAGACCCAAUUUGCUCUCUGGAAUUGGAUUGAAUCCCUGUUCGUUUCUGCCCCUUUUGGGUUCUUGCAGAGUCAAUUUUACCGUGUAGGUUAGACACAGAGGCAGAGUUCUGAGUUUUUUUACAAUCUAUUGGUCAGCGGGUUGGUCAAGGCUUGAACAAAAGACAGGAUCUUUCUUGUGUUUUGGGGGAAUACUGGGAAGUUGGUGGAUCGGUUGAGAAGCUGCUUUUGGGAGGUAGAUGUUGAUUUGCAUAAGGAAGAGGGUGAGGAGGGGCUGAAUUUUAUGGAUAACUUGUGCUGCUUCAGUUCCCCGGUAAGCUUCCUCGAGCCACUUCUUCCCCAUCUUGAGUUAAUGAGUUCCCGUGAUGCUUAACCAUGUCUCAGAAAUGAUCUUCAUGUUUAUUGAUAGAGCUGAUCCUUUAAGUCUUUGAACCAGUAGUUUCAGUUGCUUUUGCUUAUGAGCUAGUGGAGCUUGCCUAUUACUGGUCUUUCUGUGUAUGCUUAUUGCUAUGAGGACUUCAUAUGUUAUUAAUGGAAAAUUGUUCGGGACAAACUUGUGUCUCUUAUGCUUAAGGAUGUUUAUCGUGUCUAGGCUGGCUGCUUGGAGUUGGUUUAUUCUAUCUAUCUGAUUAUAAUCCUCAAGAAUUUUAGAUGUAGGCUCUUUGAUGUAUGUGUAGUAGUUGAGUUGUUAUUCAGUGCCACAUUGGAAUACUUGAGACCACAUUUAGGCUUUAUUUUCAGCUAGAUAACUUUGUUUUGAUCUGGAAGGGUCAAUAAUGAAGCUUCUGUUAGGGUUAGACCGUUAAAAUUGGCUAGUUCAUCAUUUUACAAUUGUCUUGGUUCUGAAAAGCUGCUUCUACUGAUUUAUGGUUCCUUUUGAACUACUUAGGAUCAAAUAUUUGUUGCAUUGAAGCCUUCUUGCUUUGGCUUUGGCAAAUUUGUUGUAUCGAGGCCUUGUUGCUUUGGCUUUGGCAAAUGGAUUCUGGUGCGACUUUCUGUUGCUUUUCCUAAGUUCAACUAUUCUUUUGUUCUAUUAGGCAGGAGGACGUUCAUCAUGCGGUUAUGGCAAGGGGAGAAGUCACUCGGGACCUGUCAAAUUUGGAUUCAGCCUUGUAAAGGGAAAAGCAAAUCAUCCUAUGGAAGAUUACCAUGUUGCGAAAUUUGUUCAGCUUCAUGGUCGGGAACUUGGCCUCUUUGCUAUAUUUGAUGGACAUUUGGGUGAUAGUGUACCUGCAUAUUUACAGAAACAUUUGUUUUCUAAUAUCUUGAAGGAGGAGGAAUUUUGGACUGACCCAAAUCGAGCCAUAUCUAAAGCCUAUGAAAGAACAGAUCAGGCCAUUCUCUCGCACAAUCCAGACCUAGGAAGAGGCGGUUCCACUGCCGUCACUGCAAUUCUUGUAAAUUCCAGAUUGUUGUGGGUAGCUAAUGUUGGGGAUUCACGAGCAGUAUUGUCAAGAAGGGGACAGGCCAUACAGAUGAGUAUUGACCAUGAACCCAACAUGGAGAGAGGAAGUAUUGAGGAUAGAGGAGGAUUUGUUUCAAACAUGCCAGGAGAUGUGGCACGAGUGAAUGGUCAACUGGCUGUAUCCCGUGCUUUUGGAGACAAGAACUUGAAGUCCCACCUCCGAUCAGAUCCUGAUGUCACAAAUGCCAGCAUUGAUGCAGACACGGAUCUUCUCAUCCUUGCAAGUGAUGGUUUAUGGAAGGUACCUCUCCUUCUUUUUCUCAAAAUGCAGUUAAUUUUUGAUGAUUUUUAUAAAAACCCGUUCUUGAUCAUAGCUAGUGGACACUUCAGGUCAUGUCUAAUCAAGAGGCAGUAGACAUCGCCCGGAAGACAAAGGACCCUCAAAAGGCAGCCAAAAAUCUAGUGACAGAAGCGUUGAACAGAGAAAGCAAAGACGACAUAUCCUGCAUCGUGGUUCGAUUCAGCGGUUGAUAACGCAUGUUAUAGCUACAAUCUGUUCAUGUCUUAUAUAUGUAUACUAGAGGAGAACUAUAGGGAAUCGAUCUGGAUUUGCGGGAAAGAAAGUUUUAGAACACCAUUUAAGAAGCCAGCUGCAUAAUUGAUAUAAACUAAAGGAAUUCGGCACAUGAUAUACCCUUCCUCCGUCUGUAAUGUUUCUUUUUUACUUUCAAAGUGGUUUUACUCGAGUUGUGCUGGUUGUUAUAGCUUGAAAUUCGUUAUGUAGAUUCAUAGCAUCAUCAUUUUUCUGUAAUUUAUUUGAGGCUUGGGAAGCUGAGUUAUUAUUGACAGCCAUCAGUUCUUGUAAUAAUGAAGUGGAGAAAUUGGCAUCUGUUGAAGAAAUGGAAUAUACUACUUUGUUUGGUAUCCAUCGGUUAAACAUAUCA